UUUUGACCGAAAUCUCGUCAGCUUGAGCGGCAACCGAAUUCAUCGUCAACAAUUCGACUUGACAACCUCUUUCUGGCCGCUUCAAAGCCCACAAUGACUGUGUCGUUCCCUCCUUGAUAUUGAUCCUGGCCCGAUGGUAUCUCGCUCAUCCCAGGCUGGCCCCUCGUCCAAGGGAAGCAUCGAUCUCGCGGCCAAUUCGUAAGUCGCGCAUCUCGAUUCAUCGCUAAAGAGCCAGUGACGAGGAUGAGACGACCACAGAAUACCAGAUUUAUGGGGUAUGUCACGGACGCUGCUCACCAUACUGACCAUCAAGCGCAACGUUAUGUCGUCAAAAUCCCGAUCACACGUUUCGAGCCGUGCAGGAGGGUCGAAACCGCCUCGGACACCUGGGCCUAAGGUUGGCUACAACACAAUUGACAAGGCUUCCAAACCCACUACGCUGGAUGGUUACAGAACGAGUGGUCCGUUCCGACCGCCGUUAAAGCAAGUGGCCCAAUCGCGGCGGCCACUGACGGCAACCAACCCUCAUGAAUCGCACCACGGCGAAGCUUCGUCCAGCAGCCACCCCUAUGGCAACGGAGGAGAUAAUCAAGUGCUGAAUGGUCAGCCUAUACCACGCUCUGGAAAUGAUCCUGGAGCUUUUAUGCAGCAUCAGAGACGCUCUCCUGACUUUCACGAUAAUCCUCCCUCCUCGUCUCGUACGGCGACAUCGGGGCACAAGCGGAACACAUCCAGCCUCUCAUCCAGGUCUGCACUGUUCGCACCAGUCUUGUCAAACCCCAGCUCGGUGACAAGAGGCAGACAGAUCCGAUCUCAAGGCAGCUCGAGUCCAACCAAAAUAUCUCGUCACCGUAGCCCGGAGCAGGAUCUGUCGAUUCAGAAUAGUAGUGAUGAAGAUACGAUACAGGACCCCCUCGGGCCCUUCAGGAAAGAGCUAGAGGCUGAAGGGAUCUAUCAGAUGUCCUCUCAAAAGAUAGGGCCAUCGAAAUUCCCAAGUCGUGCACCAUAUGUGGAACUUCAAGAGAAGCCAGAUCGCGAACCACCUUCCACCACGAAUCGCAGGAUCGACCUCAGUGAGAAGGGCAGCGUGAAGAAGCUUGUUAAAAAUCUGGAGGAAAAGGCUCAAGACGAUGAAUGGGCGAUCAACCAAGGACCUCCGAGACACGAUAUCCAUCGGUCAACGGCGACGAGCUCACAGGUCUCAUCAAAACCUGUUGCUGGUCAGCAGACAAGGCCACCUACUGAUAUACGGCCUGGUCAACCUGUACCACCAUCCCUCUCAAAAUCAGCGCCCACGCACUCGGCAACAGUUCAGCACAUGGCCGAUGUUCAACGUGCAUGGAUGUUGGUUGGGAACGAUUAUGGCUUCCCCUUCCCCUUGAAAGUUGUGAAUAUCGGCAUCUCGGGAGACUGUAUUCAACUCGAUUCGGGUCCGUCCAUAGGAACAGUCCUUGUCAACCCAUUGGAUCUUGCUCAAUGCUCGGUAAAUCAUUAGUCGCUCCUGCCGCUCAUCUCACAGAUUCACAUUGACAAAUCCCAAUGUCUGCUCAUCUUACACUUGAAGUAUCGGAAUGCGAGAGAACUCACGGACCUUUUCACAAGAUGUGGUGGCGGACGUAAGACGAUUAUGAAGAAGCUUGCUGACCGCAAGG